CCAUGAGGUAUGCUGAUACGCAGAAACAAUGCACUCUUUCUGGCUUCAAAAAAAGUAUGAUGCUCGCUAUACAACGGAUGGAAGCACAUCUAGGCCCUACAUCAAGGUUGUACCUUAGUUUCAUGCGCAAGGUGGGCAAGAGGAUAGAUGCAAUGGAAGAAGAUACGUUUAUGGUUGCAGCUGCCGUCCUUGAUCCAUAUACACAUUACAGCCUCAACCUUUGCAACCAUACAAAUUAUGCUACUGCACUAACAGAUGCGAUAGCGAAGAUAUUAGAUCCAAAGAGUGCUCUUUCAGCCAUUGAUGAAGUUAGUAAGUUUAGGGAGUGCCAAGGAAGGUUUGGGACCAGAUGAGCACAAGAAGCUGCGGCGAGAAUGGAGCCAACCCAAUGGUGGUUUCAAUUUGGAGGGGAUGUUCCUGCAUUGCAGAAGUGUGCAAUGAGAAUUUGCUCACAAUGUGUCUCAUCUAGUGGGUGUGAGAGGAACUGGAGCGCCUUUGCUUUGGUGCACACAAAGCAAAGAAAUCGCCUUUUAUAUGACAAGCUCCACAAGCUAGUUUCUGUCCGCUACAACCUAAAGAUACGUGCUGAAGAAGAUCAAGAGAAAGAGAGAGAUAUAGAUAAAGAGGUUGAUCCAAGUGCAUUGCUGAUAGAUACAACAAUGUUCGAUGAGACAAAUCCAAUAAUGGAGUGGCUGAAUGAGGAUGAAGAGGAUCCAAUUUUGGAUGGAGCCGAUGCGGCCAGUGCUGUUUUUGAGAAAAUAAGGCGCCUCAACUCAAGCAGGAAGGAUUCUUAUGUUGGUACAAAGGCUAAUAAGAAGAAAAGAAAGAGGAAUCAUGAUGAGGAGAAUGAGUAUGUCGAAACUGACAGUGAGGAUGACGACAACGAGAAUGAAUAUGUUGAUAAUGAGAGUGAGGAUGAUGAUGGGGUGAGUGAGGAUGAUGAGGAUGAUCAACAAGAUCAGCAAGAAACACAAAUGCAAGUGGAAGAAGAGACACAAGUACAAGUUGAAAAGGAGACACAAGCAAGCAUUGGCAAUUUGGAGACUCGUAGAUCUGGACGACUAGUUAGGAAGAAGACCAAGGAAAUCAACAGCCUCUACUCGUAGAUUUGCUGGAGCUUGGAGAAUGAUGCUAGUUGGAGGCUUGGAGCAUGGAAGCUGGAGCUAGUGAUGAUUUCUUUUGGAGUUGUUGUUCGUUGUGAUGCUUUGAUGGUUGCCUUUUGCUGUUCGGUGUGAUGCUUUGAUGGCUGUCUUUUGGAGAUGUUUCUACGUGAAGUCCUUUAAAUUCCUAGAGUUGGUUGUACUGAAGUAUUUAAACUUUGAACUAUGAUGUGAUGGUUGUGGACUGUAAGUUUAGAACUAAUGUGAUGGUUGUGGACUGUAAGUUUAUAUUGGACUGACGCUCUUAUUUUAAUCCCUAGAGCUAAUUUGCUAAACAUUAUAUGAUUACUCCUGAUGGCUGUUGGGCUGCUA